AUGGAGCCGUCCCAGGUUGGAUUCUCUGCCUACUCUUUCGACAAGCUCUCUGAGAUGCACCUAAAAGGUUCUGCUCAAUCUAAGCCUCUUGCACCUAAGGAAGCUGAUUUGGGGGAAAUUAAAUUCACCCGCUAUGAUCGUUGUAGUAGUAGGCCUCCUUUGGUCAUGACUGACCAUGGGAAUACUGCUGCUAAUGAGUGGAAUAAAAAUGAUGAACGACUACUGCAAGCUGUGGAGCAUGGCGAAACAGAGAAAGUGGCAGCUCUUUUGGGCAAAAAAGGGAUCAGUCCCGUCAAGCUGGAUAACGAUGGGAAGUCUGCUUUUCACUUGGCUGCCACCAAGGGGCAGGUGGACUGUUUGGGAGCAAUGCUCACUCAUGGCGUUGAUCUUACUGUACUGGAUGGCUCAGGCUGCAAUGCAUUACAUCUUGCUUCAAAAUACAGUCAUCAAGAAUGUGUGAGAAAGAUGCUUCAGCACAAAUGUCCAGUGGAAUGCAUUGAUAAUAAUGGGAAGACAGCAUUGCAUCAUGCAGCUACAGGUGGUUCUAUUUUUAUCGUUCAACUGCUGUGUGAACACAAGUGCCCUAUUAACACAAAGGAUACCGAAGGUUUUACACCACUGAUCCAGGCUGCACAGAACAACCAUGCCGAAGUGUGUCUUUACCUGAUAGACCAAGGGGCGGAUAUUGACACACAAGACAAGAAUGGCAGGACUGCUGUAAUGUUGGCCUGUGAGCACGGUAGUGGAAACGCUGUUGAAACUUUGGUCAAGAUGGGCGCCAACUUGAAGUUAGUAGAUGCAUUGGGUCAUGAUGCACUUCAUUACUACAGGCUCUCAGGAAAUGCCGAUAUCCUGCAUUUCCUGCAGGCUGCACUUAAAAAGGUCUCUGAGGAUCCUGAUAUGAAAUCUGCACAAAUACCCAAACAGCUGGAACCUGGCAAUAAAUUCAAUGCAGAUAGAAGUGGAACUCCCAAAAAACGAAAAGCACCACCACCACCACCAACAACCAGUAUUACACAGAGUCUCCAGUCUAGUGAAGUAUCUUGUCCAGAGCCCCACAGUUCUCGUUCAUCGAAGCCCGAACCAGCCGAAGAAGAAGAAACAUCUGUUAAGGAAGAAAAGAAAAAUGACGAAAUGAGAAAACUUUAUGCAGAGAAGGCAAAUCUAUUGGAAGUGAUACAAAGCUUAAAUCAACAACUAAGGGAUAAAAACUUGCACGAGGCACAUCAAAAUGACCUCAAAAGAAAAGUGUGUAGGAAUAAUGAAGAGCAACCAGCAGAUACAAUGGGUAGUGGAACUGAAGAAACGGUAACAUCUAAUGUCGAAGAGCCUGAUCAAAUAGCAGCUUUGCAAACACAUAUUGCAUCUCUAGCAGUGCAAAAUAAAGAGCUAUGGGAUAUACUACAGGGAAAGGAAGAAUUGAGACAGAAUCCAGAAACACCAUUUGACCUAAAUCUUAAUUCUGCUGAUGCUCAUUGUAUGCUUGAAGCUAAUUAUAUCCAAUUAAAGGAAUUGUAUAAAAAUGCUGAAACUGAAAUUACUAACCUAAGAGCAGAGAUGCUUUCAAACAUGUCUCCUAACCAAGUAAAAACUGAGACAUGUAAAAACAGUAGUUCUAAUACAGAGGGGAAGGAUUUGGAUGAACAAGAAACUCAGCAUGCAUUAGCAAUGGAAUUGUUGGCUGAGUUAUCUGAGGAAAGGAUGCAGACAGUAGGAGAAAUUAAUGAAAAUGGUUAUUGCCUUGAACAAAAGCUGCAAGAGACACAGAGUAAAUAUGAAGAGGCACUGAAGGAACUUUCAAGUCUGCGUUCACAGGUACAACAAGACUUGCACCCUAGGGAAGAGCGUUUACCUUUCCCAAAUCUGUCACAGUUAACACAGUCCUAUGAAGACGAGUUGGAGGAAAUGAAGCAAAGACUUAAAAGGGCUUUGGAAGAUGAGGAAAAGGCAAAUUAUAGUGUGAGAGAACUAGAGGAUCUCCUAGAUAUUAAAGAUAAAAUCUUGUCCAAUUGCAUGCCUCAGGAAGAGUAUGACGAGAUAAAAAAAUCUCAUGCCCUAUUUAUUGAGAACAUCGAUCAAGAAAAAUCAUUACUAAUUGAAAAGUAUAAGGAAUCGCAGGAAGAGAUUAAGAAGUUACAAGAAAAGUUAAACCAUCAGGUAUAUUCUCAAGAAAAGGAAAAUGACUUUCAGGAAAUGCUAUCUGCAUUGAAGAAAAGAACAGAUGGAUUAAAUAAUGAACUAACUGCAGUGACACAACAGUACAAUGCAGCAGAAAGUGAAUUAAAAGAGCUGAAAAAUAAAAAGGCUGAAGUGGCAUCCGAACAUGUUAAUUCAAACUAUAUCCAUAAAGAACAACACGAACAGCUGGUUCAAGUUCUAAAUGAGUCCAUUGAUGAACUGAAAGAAAAGUUAUCUGACUUGGAGAUAAAGCUUAAGGGAUCCGAGCAAGACAAUGCUAAAUCGCAGAGGGACCUUGAAAUUCAAAAACAAACUUCUGUACCUCGCUCUGAACACACAGAAAUAAUAAUGUCUCUUGAAAAUACUAUAAAGAAUUUUGAUGGCAAAAUACGCCAGAUGGAACAUGAGCUGGAACAGAAGGAGAUACAGUUGAAUGUAUUAGAAGGAAAUUUAGCCACAGAGAAGGCAAUGGUUCCAAAAUCAGAGUACGAGAAGAUGAAAAAUUCAUUGGAAGCAGAAUCAAAACGAUUGACUGUUAAAGUAAAUGAUAUAUUGAAAGAGCAGGAAAAGUUAUCCAUAGAAGCUGCGCAGGCUAAGAAGGAGAAUCUACUGACAAAAAAUGAGCGAGACACUAUUCAAACUCAGCUUUUGAGCAAAGAGCAAGAAAUCAAGAGGCUUCGCAUCAGGGGCCAUGAUAUGCAGCAAGCUAUGGAAGAAUUGCAAAGGAGGGUUAAAGAUUCCUUGAAACUAGAAGAAGAGAAAGACAAGAAGAACAAUGAACUAUCAAAGGAAGUAAGCAAAUUGAAAGAGGCACUAAACAGUCUUUCUCAGCUUUCCUACACUGCGAGCACUCUCAAAAGACAGAACCAACAGCUUGAGAUUCUUCAGCAGCAAGUGAAACAUUUACAGCACCAGCUAUCAGAAGCUAAUCAACGACACCAUGAAGUAGUAUCAGUGUAUCGAAUGCAUCUUCUCUAUGCUGUCCAGGGUCAAAUGGAUGAAGAUGUUCAGAAAGCUCUGAAACAGAUUUUGACAAUGUGCAAAACUUCAACGCAAAUGAAAUGAUAAUACUAGCUAGAUAUACUACUUGUCUAAUAGUCAUUUGUCACUACUGUUAAAACAAUGAGUGUGGGAUAAUGGACCAUUAAAAUUGCAGACAAUAGUUUGUAAAUGCUUUUUUUGUUCUACCUAUGUGUUCCUUAAUAUUCCUGUUGAAAAGUAUGUAGUCAGUAUGUUUGUUCAAAUAUGCCCAUGGUAUUUUUAUUGGAAAAUACUCGUUUGUAGAACUUCACUCUGCCAUAUUUGUUAAUGUUUAUUUCAUUUAUUAAACACUCUAUUUGGAAUGCAUAGUCAUGCUAAUUCUGGUUAGGAUAAUAAUAUAACCAGAAGCAGAAAUAGGGACUUUUAGGAUCAGAUGUUUACUAAUCCAGGUAGACGAUAAAUUAAUGCAUGUGCUAUUUUAAGAUGCACAGAUGAAUCUUAUGCCCAGAAUGCAGUGAUGAAUCUCAAAGCCAUCUUGUCAACCCAAACAGUGCCUAUAGUUCUUGGGAAACACUGCCUAAUGAAGAAGAAAACAGAAAUUGGUUGAAAGACUGAGUUGGAGUUAUAGACUGAUGUUAGAGUGGAAAGAAUAAAGAUAGGUUUGUUGUUAUAAUAUCUGUUGUUAUAAAAUUCUGCAUAAGGCAUUUUUGACUAGUACUGCUCCGAGCAUUCUCUCAACAUUCAGCACAUUGGCUUUCGUUUGUGUCUUAGCUUAGUUUGUAGACUUGAUAUUUUUGUUCUUUGUAAAUUGCAUCUCCUGUACCAAGAAGCAUUCAGUUGAAAACUGACCUGUACGUGUUCGCAGUUCUUAGCAGGAAUUAUGUAUUCAUUGCCCCACUCACCUCCACUCCUCAUCCAGUUGCUUUAACAUGAUGUAGAAGUUAAAAUUGCUUCUUCUUUUUUUUGCCCCAUCAUAAGUUUCUUGUAAAACUUUAUUUAUUUGGUUUAGGUAAAUUAAAUAUUACCUUGCACUUAUCCAAUAAGACUAUGUUAUACCAUUUGGGAAAUAGUUAACUGGUACUUAUCACUUUUUAGUAGAUAGUAUUUAGGAUGCCUUGCUUCUAGACAAUUGAAUGGCAGACCUGUUGAAGGUUUGAACCAGAGUAUUUGAGAAGUCAAGCCAUUAUUCAGUUAUUUAAGUGAAUACAAUUUGCUGCAGUAUGGUUAUAUAGUGUACAAUAAAUUUUGGUAGAUAUGUACAAAACUGCAAGUUGUUUUACUAUACCAUUUGUAUAGCUAAGUGAUAGAUUUGUAAACUAAAUAAUUAUUUACUAGACUUUUUUUACUUAUUCUGUAACCUCUUGUUGAUCUAUUCUAAUCAGGAAUAGAGUAGAUCCUGAUUAGUUAUUAAAAAUAAAUAACAUUAAAUAACAAAUUAGUAAUAAUAGUGAUUUCACUCUGUACAGCAUUCAUAAUCCUGCAUAUAAUAUUUGAUCUGACAGUGCAAUUAAUGAUAAUCUGAACAAUGAACAGAUCUGCAAACCAUAUUCAUGUAUUAUAUGUAAUAGCUAAGUUUUCACAUGUUUGUGUGAGAAAAUAAAAUCAUGAUUAAAUGUUAAAAAAACCUACAGUACAUUUGAAAGUCUGAAGAAUUCACAAUAAAAUGAAAUAUAACUUUG